CGCCAAUUCAGAAAGAAAAGAAAAUCUGCAGGUGUUUCUCUAUCUUUCAAUCCCACGACUGCAUUAGAGAAUCUCUGCACAUUUCCACCGCUCCCAAAAAACAAUGGCAAUCAAUAAGGUAGUCGUCUUGGCUCUCUUCUUCGCUGCCCUCAUCGGCGUCGCCUCCGCCGCCGCCCCGGCAGCCACCGACGCAGCCGCCGCCGCACCUGCUGCCUCCCCCGCCGGGGAUGACGUCAUCGGCACCACUGACGGAUCGGCUUCCGCACCCACCGGCAACGGCGAUGUCGCUCCCGGUCCUCUGGGAACCGGCCCCGACGCCGGCGCACCCGCCGCAGAGGCUCCCAAGAGUGAUGCCAGCUCCGUCACCGUCUCUGCCGCCGCCGCUGGUGUCGCUGCUGUUGCUGGUUACUUCGUUAUGUAAAUUCAGCUGUCGCAAAAUUAAACCCCCAGUGUUUCCGAUUACGGUCGUAUCUGGGAAAGUUUGAUUAUUACCUAUUUUUUCAUUUAAUAUUCUUCGGUUUGAUUUUUGUUUUCUUUUGUAAUUGUUACGUCGCGGGAAAUUAACUGCGGCAAAGGAAUUGUUUCUUUUUUUCUGAAUCUAUUAAUGAAAGUUAUAUAAAAAACUCUUUUGUUUUCGUAUUACCAUCAUUUUGUACAGUGCCAAAUAAUUUUCAAUAGAGAAUUGCCCUGAAC